AGAUUGCUACUGUGAUCAAACACAAACGCAAAGCAAUAAUGCGCCAUGUGAAAAAAAUGUAUAUUCUACUCAAUGGACCAUGAAAAUUACUCCGUUUGUAAAUAGAGAAGUUCGGCAGUCAUCAAACGGGCAUUAUACCUGUUGUUGUGGUGGAAUGCUCACCCUUAUCUAUUGUGUCUUUCAUUCUGUCUACACACUUUGUCAUGUUAGGAGCGGAAUACUGUACCACUUACAACCGCCACAUGCUUCAUGUAUUGCUACAUGAAAUGGACUAAGGAUCGAGCUUUCGUGUUUUAAAAACAAGUUGUUUUGGACUUACUUCACAUUUGUAAGUGGACACUUAGCGAUAUCAAACUUGUUUUAUCUUGGUUAUUUUUCAUUUAAGUCAGACUCGGAAAUAAGCUUAAAACAGAUCUGGUUUUUUUUUAAAGAGAAUCACUGGUCGAUUGCACUCAUUCAAUGAACAAGGUUAUGAUGGUCGAUUGUGAUGAAGGCGUUAUCUUCCAGGGUAUACAUUCAUCGAUGAUUAAUUCCUGAAUAAGAAAACUACUAAUGAUGAAAAUAACACUUGACAUGCCAACAAUGUGAACUUCAAAGCUUUUACUUGGAUAUUGGUAAAUGUAAUACAUACAUUGAUCUACAACCAUGACAACUGCACUGGACAACAUUCUGGUAAACCAAACAUUGUUUGACGCCGCAUGAUGUAGUUGAAUGGUGUGUGUCAACAUCAUCAGGAAAAUAUAAAAACAAGGACUUCGUAUUGCCAUCGGUUGUUAGCAAAUCAGAGAGGUGAUAACAUCAACGUGUUGCAAAAAACAGUUUUCUGCUCAUCGAAAUUCAAAUCAAUCACCAUGACAACCCCAAGAAGACGUCGAGCUUCCACGGUCAUCGCAGGAUACAGUACACCGGACUUCGUUGACCCGAUAUCAUCGUCGGGUUCGAAGAAAACAAGCCCACGACCAAAUGGACUCACAUUUCGAGUUGUCUUACUGGGUGUACCAGGCGUUGGUAAAACUGCCUUGACAGUUCGUUACACCACACGGAGAUUCAUUGGUGAUUACGACCCUACACUAGAAUACCUGUGUCGUCAUCAAACUCGAGUGGAUAGUAAAGAUGUUACCAUGGAAAUACAAGAUACUGCUGGUCAGGAUUAUCUUGGUCAUCGAAGCCGUUACGCAAUUUGGGGAGAUGCUUUUCUCUUCGUGUAUUCAAUCACCGACCGAUACAGCUUUGAGACUGUUGUUAAUUGCAAACGCUCCAUAGAGGACGCUCUUCAAACAUCCCAGAUACCUGGUGUACUGGUUGGCAAUAAGAACGAUUUAGACACUGAGGAUCGCACUGUCUCUCACCUUGAAGGCGUCGAACUCGGUGACGAGCUCGGACUCCCGUUCUUUGAAGUCUCGGCCAAGGACGGUCAUCAGAUUUGGGACGUCGCCGAUGUCUUUGAAAACUUAUUUCGGGAAUGGAAUCGGAGUAGACAAUUGAAGCCAAAAGGAAAGUCGCGUGCUUCGCUUAGAACCCCUAAUCCAGAAUGGUCUCGCCCGGCCGCGUCACCAUCGACUAUGAACACUUACGAGCAUGAUGACGAUACGAUACAAGCCAGUACGAACUCUACGAGGAAACCCUCUGCGAAUAUGAGAAAGGCAGUGAAUAAACUCAUUCUUAUUCAACGGUUUACAAGAACUAGAUUUUUUUCAAACUAAGAAUUGAUAGGCAUGUGGACAGAUGACCGUGAUAUUAAAAAAUUGGGUCAUUUAUAUUUUGAUUUUCAAUGGACUUUCGACCGAAAAUGAACACAUUUUAUAUGCGAGAUAUUAAUGAAUUCAACACGACCAGGUGAUGAUUAUGAUGACAUGUAGGAGGGGUGAGCCAUUUGAUAUGAUCUUCUUGGCGUACGUGAAGUUGCUGUACAUUAUUGGUGUAACAUAUUUUCAAUGCAGCACUUUGUUAACACUUAUUAAAUGUAUACAUAUUUAGAUUGCUCCAAUCAUUUUCAAAUAAAAAUUGUUCUAAAGCGCAUGGUGACAAAAUUUA